AUGGGUUCGAUCGAAGAGCUAUCGUUUUCUGCCCCGCCUCAAGUGGUCAGCGCAAGUGGGUUGCUGUUCGAUUUCGACGGUAGGUUCCCAUUACCCAACAAUUUCACAUUGGACACGAAAGAUGAUCUCAUAAUCCCUCGAAUAGGCACCGUCAUCGACAGUACAGAAGCCGUGGUCAAACACUGGCACAAGCAGGCGGCUCUCAUGGGCGUCGAUCCCAAUGUGAUUCUCGCAACAUCACACGGACGACGUAGCAUCGACACCUUUCAGAUCUACGACCCCUCCAAAGCCAACUGGGAAUACAUCAGUCACCAAGAGGGCCUAAUACCCAAAGAGUUCGGGCAGAACGCGGUCGAAAUCCCUGGGGCGCGCAAACUGCUCGCGAGCCUCGAGAGCGUCAAUGCGCCCUGGGCAGUGUGCACAUCGGCUACGAGGGCACUCCUCGAUGGGUGGAUUGAGAUCCUCAAGCUGGCACACCCGCGCUGCAUCGUGGUGGCGGAAGACGUUGAACAGGGAAAACCGCACCCGGACUGCUAUUUGCUUGGCCGCGAACGACUGGGCCUCCCGGGCGACUCUCACAUGAUCGUGUUUGAAGACGCUCCCUCGGGGGUCCGUGCGGGCAAAGCUGCUGGCUUCAAGGUCGUUGGUCUGGCUACGACCCACACGGUCGAGCAGGUCCAGGAAGCGGGGGCGGAUUGGAUUGUGCGAGACCUGAGCAGUGUAACCCUCAAGGACUUCCACGAUGGAGUGGUACGCAUCGAGAUUACCAAUGCCUUGGUCAGAGCGUGA